GAGAAAGUUGCAUCAAUUCCCUCUGCUGGGACAGAAUCCUGGAAUACUGGAAAUAGAAUAUUUUCUAGCAUAAGGUGAACAGGAGUAUUUUUACUACAUAGAAAAUCAGAGGAAAUCAUUCUUUAGCUGAAAGUGAGACUUUUUAUACUUUACUACGUUUUUUUAUUUUGUAUUUAUUUAUUUUUUUCGUUUCAUCUUUCUAAACAAAAAGUUCGAUGCGGCUUGUCGGAUCUCAGUCUCAAGACAUGGAAGAGCGUCUCUCCCCAUCUGCGCGCAUAGUUCGCAGUCCUGGAUCCCAGACCAGAAUUCACAGCAUUGAGUCCAUUUUGGGAUUUAAAGGAGAGAAUAUGUUCCACCCAGCGUUUUCCUAUGGAUCAGGAAGACCCGUUAAAGACACUGAACUCUCCAGUACCGGCGUUUUGUCGUCCCCGAAAAAGGACUCCAAUAACUCCAAAAACUUUACAGGUGUCUGUAGGUCUGGUGCCAUGGUUAGUCCAGAUCUGCCGGACGGGGAUGGCAAAUUAUCGGACGAUGAAAAUCUCAAGAAAAAGCACCGGAGGAACCGGACAACGUUCACCACCUUUCAGCUGCACGAGCUCGAGAGGGCGUUUGAGAAGUCGCAUUAUCCUGACGUGUACAGCAGAGAGGAGCUCGCGCUCAAGGUCAACCUGCCAGAGGUCCGAGUUCAGGUGUGGUUCCAAAACCGUCGUGCUAAGUGGCGCCGUCAAGAGAAACUGGAGGUGAGCUCCAUCAAGCUGCAGGAGUCCUCAGUGCUCUCCAUCCCCAGAUCCGGGCCACUGUCUCUGGGAGGUGGUCUCCAGUUGGAACCCUGGCUCACCGCACCCAUUUCCUCCUCCACCUCACCCCUGCAAUCCCUACCCGGCUUCAUCACCGCCCAGCAGGGUGUACCAGCUAGCUACACCCCUCCACAAUUCCUCAGCUCAUCUAUGCUCAACCAUUCUCUGCCCCAUAUAGGGGCGGUGUGCCCCCCUCCUACAUAUCAGUGCUCUGGGUUUAUGGAUAAAUUCACACUGGAAGAGGCAGACCCACGAAACACAAGCAUCGCAUCACUCAGAAUGAAAGCUAAAGAACACAUCCAGUCUAUAGGGAAGACAUGGUAGAAUGAGACUUAUGCAGAGACAAUCAAAGACUUUGGAAAAUAUGGUGCAUGUCCUAUAACCUGCUGUAUAAGAGACAUUGGGGCCAUCAUUCAGGAAUCAAGAAGAAGUGAUCCUGAGAUCUAUUUGUGGUUAGGAAAUUUCCCUGAGUUGUUCAUUGUGGUUGACAAUCUUUGUAAAAUGAUUGAAUUGGGCUUUGCGUACAAGUCUUUUUUCUUUUAUUUUCAUCCUGAGUUGAUUUCAUAGAGUGAACUGAUAAUCUUCUCUGUAAAUUCUAAUAGACCGUCAGACUCUUUAUUGUGACCACAAAAAAUGUACCGGAUUUAAAGAUGAGUAAAUGAAAUCAUGUUUGCAUUGCUUCAUAAUGCAUGCAUUUUAUUUCAUUUGAAUCAACUGUCUCCCAUUCAAAAUUCCACUUAUGUAAAACAACCCAUUCAGUGCCAUUGAAACAAACUAUUUAGGCUAUUGUACAAUACAUCAGGCCACUUUCCAUGACUUUUGUUGUAUUCUCUCACAUUGUACAGAUUAAGUUUGUAUUUUAUAAAAAAUCAUAAUAAUAAUUACAAAAAUCCAUUAAAAUAUUAAAUGCAGCCUGUUUCCAGUAGUUCUUUGUCAUUCAUUGACACUGAUGUCUGGGCUUGUCAUAGCACUAUAAAACAGAACUUUAAUAAUUCUUAUUUGUUCUCAAACCUUCCACUUAAAUGUAUGUUUGUUGAUUGAUUUAUUUGUUUGUUUUUGUUUGUUUGUUUGUUUGUUUGUUUGUAGAUUUAUUAUAUAUCUUCUAUGUCUUUUGGUCUUCUAUUGUAGGCUAUAUUUAGGUA